UGCGCAUGCGCACUACGGCUGACCCCUCCGGUUUCUGCGUGCGAUGCCACGUUAGUAGCGGUAGACACAAAAUACCAGCUACUCUCCCAACCUUAAACAAGGAAAAACACCAAAACUAAGGCCAAUUUCUCAAACCAACCGUAGCCGGUCGUGUCUGCAGCCCUCGCCUCUCUGUCAGGGAGAAUUACUCGACGGUAACUAUGCUCAAGUUUCUGCUCAUCUGCACACUGGCUGUGGCCAGCAGAGCCGAGAUCACCGAAGAAGAAGAUGUCCUGGUGCUGAAGAAAAGUAACUUCGACGAGGCUCUUAAAGCUCACCCCAACCUCUUGGUUGAAUUCUAUGCCCCAUGGUGUGGUCACUGCAGGCGGAGAGAGGCCCUGGCCCCAGAGUAUGCCAAGGCCGCCGGUAUGCUGAAGACUGAGGGUUCAGAGGUCCGCCUGGGUAAAGUGGACGCCACAGAGGAGACCGAACUGGCCCAAGAGUACGGCGUCAGGGGAUACCCCACCAUCAAGUUCUUUAAGGGCGGAGAGAAGGAGGCACCCAAAGAGUACUCUGCUGGCAGACAGGCUGAUGACAUCGUCAGCUGGCUGAAGAAACGCACAGGCCCAGCCGUCACCACUCUAGGUGGAGUCACCGAGGCAGAAUCUCUGAUCGCUGACAAUGAGGUGGCAGUCAUUGGAUUCUUUAAGGAUGCUGAAUCUGAUGGUGCCAAGGCCUAUGAAAAAGCAGCUGAAGCCACAGACGACAUUCCCUUCGCCAUUACCGCAGACGAUGCCAUCUUCUCCAAGUUUGAGGUGUCCAAGGACAGCGUUGUCCUCUUCAAGAAGUUUGAUGAAGGGCGCAAUACCUUCGAUGGAGAGCUGACCAAAGAAAACUUGCUGUCUUUUGUCAAGGCCAACCAGCUGCCUCUGGUCAUUGAGUUCACAGAGCAGACCGCCCCCAAAAUCUUUGGUGGAGAAAUCAAGUCCCACAUCCUCAUGUUCCUGCCCAAAACUUCUGAUGACUUCCAGGACAAAAUGGAUCAGUUUAAGAAAGCCGCAGAGGGAUUCAAGGGUCAGAUCCUGUUCAUCUUCAUUGACAGUGACGUGGACGACAACCAGCGCAUCCUGGAGUUCUUUGGCCUGAAGAAAGAGGAGUGCCCAGCCAUCCGCCUCAUCACCCUGGAGGAUGAGAUGACCAAAUACAAGCCCGAGAGCAACGACAUCACAGCAGGAAGCAUCACCGAAUUCUGCAAACUGUUUAUUGAGGGCAAACUCAAGCCCCACCUUAUGAGUCAGGACAUCCCUGAAGACUGGGACAAAAACCCUGUCAAGGUUUUGGUCGGCAAGAAUUUCGAGGAAGUUGCUUUCGAUCCAUCAAAGAAUGUCUUUGUGGAAUUCUAUGCACCGUGGUGCGGACACUGCAAACAGCUGACUCCCAUCUGGGAGAAGCUGGGAGAGAAGUAUAAGGACAGCGCAGACAUCAUUGUGGCUAAGAUGGACUCCACAGCCAAUGAGAUCGAGGCAGUCAAAGUCCACAGCUUCCCCACCCUUAAAUUCUUCCCUGCAGGAGAUGACCACAAAGUGAUUGAUUACAACGGGGAGAGAACAUUGGACGGCUUCACCAAGUUCCUAGAGAGUGGUGGUAAGGAGGGCGGUGCCCCUGCAGGAGACGACGACGACGACGAUCUGGAGGCAGAGGAUUUGGAUGAUGUGGACGAAGGACAGGACGAGGACUCUGACGGUGAGGACGAUGACGGACACGAUGAGUUGUAAGAGCUGGCAGAGGAGAGAGAGAGAGAGAGAGAGAGAGAUAGAUAGAGAGAGAGAGAGAGGAGACGAGUCCCGCCCAAACCCUUCAAACCAGUCACCAUCACCACCUUCACUUCCUUGUGGACCUUCCCUUUCCUGUGAACAUUAAUAUUUCCCCUUUAACUGCCUCUCAGUCAGUCAGUCAGCUGGCCUGCUGUCCAGCCCGCCACUCACUCAGUCCAUCAGUGGCGUGGCAGGGCCUUUUUUUGACAGCUACAUCUCCAACCUCAUAACUUCUGGCCAGACUCGUCUUGUCCCACCUGAGGGGACUGUGGAACAGCGCACCACCUCUUUGGAAGACCUCAAUGCCUUCUCUAACAAAGCUCCACAUCAGCUGUUUGCCUUGUAUAUUUUAAACCAAAUGUAAAAAUGGCAUUGAGAUCCAGUUUGCAAAAUGUUUGUUUCUUUUCUUGUUGAAUUAGCUCCCCUCCUCGUAAAAAAGCCUUGCCAUUGUGUGUGGGAACAAGCUAACCAAGCGAUGUAACCUGUAUCUGUAGGUAAGGGAGGGUGCCGAUGUUCUGUUCCCUCUGAGGAAAAGCCAGAGGACCAGAGUUUAGCAUUAGUGGUUUUGUAAGGACUGAUCUCUCAGGGGACAAGGGGCCAUCCUAUAGAUGUGUUUACUUUGCAAUGUCGUCACUAUAAUAAACCCCACAGAGCUUGUCCAGUGUAGCACAAAACCCCCCAAUCUGUAGCUGAGACCAGUAGUUUUUUUCUUUUGGUGGGGGGUAAGUCUACUUUUCAUUUCUUCAUUCCCAAUUAAGUUCUCGCUUCAGUCUCCUCAUUUGGGCAUGGCUACUGACUAUUUUCUAAAAGGAACAAAGUUUCGGGGAAACUCCUGUUUUAUUUAAUUGCUUUCACUAUGAUUUUUUGGGGUUUUUUUUAAUUUAGGACUUGUCAUUUUAAUGAUGUACCGUUGUGCCCAACUGUAGCCAGUUGGCCCUGUGUUGGGGCAGAGUUGGCCCUUGGACACACUCUCAGACCUGGGGAUGGUUUUCAGAGCCAGAUCUGAUAGGUCGCACUGCAUCCAUGCCUAUUUGGAGAUUCACUGUGGUUACUGAAGCAGACAGAGAUUGGUCCAGUGUACUGGUCAGGUUGGUCUGAGAGACGUGUCAAUUCUAUCUGAAGUGGGAGGGAACAAUUGCACAGCCCCACCCCUCACCCAUACUGUACCUCCUGCAUCCCUCUUGGCUCUACCCAACACCCUUGUUGCCACAGCUGUGUGUGUGUGUGUGUGUGUAUGUGUGUGUGUGUGUGAGUGUGUGAGUGUGUGAGUGAGAGAGAGAGAGAGAGAGUGCUAAGUGUGCUGUGUGAAUGGUGUAUAAAUUGUGAGUUGAGUGAUUAGUUCAUAUUUUCUGGCUGUCCAUGAACAGGAGAGUAAAUGUAAUGUGUGUGUGUGUGUGUGUGUGGGAGGGGAGACUUGAGUAGAGCAAGGUGAUGGGUUUGACAUCUACAGCAGUGGGGGAAACUUAACAAAGCAUUCCAUCAUAUCCAAAUUGAUGUGGAAAAUGUGAAAUGGUGGCCAAUAAACAAAAAAAUUGGAAAAAAAA